AUGAAUCUUGAUAGUGAUAGUUUCGGUAUGGCAUUGAGGGGAAUACCAAUACCAGAGGAUUCAGAAGCCGACGUACUUAAUGAUGAAACAUUCGGUGAUUGUGAUUUAGAAGCUAUUAAAAUCAAAUCAGAUUUUGGAGAAAAUGGGGAAUUUCUAGGUGAUAAUCCAUCAGACAGUUUACCAGCAUUUUUCGAUACGGAUGUACCUGAUACCGGUGGUAUUUCUCUUGAUGAUGAUGACGACGAUCAAUCUCAACAGCCGUCCAUUGAUGCUUUAUUAGGCGAAGAUCCAAUGCGAUUUUCAACAUCAUCAAUGAACCGGCGGCCAGGACCAUUUGUUCAACAAACAUCUAUAAACCCAUUAUUUAAUAUGGCUAUAUCACAAGCACAAACGCAAGAAACCAAUCGUGUGAACUUAUUUCCUCAAUCGCAACAACAGCAGCCACCACUACCACCACCACCGCCGCCACUGCCACAACAACAACCGCAACACCAAGUUCCACGUAUAUCACCAAUGACAUUACCACAACAACAAAUGAACUAUCAAUUGUUAAAACAAUUUGAACAGAUGUUAAUUAAUAAACAAGUACCACCACAAGAAAGACUUGUUUAUAUUCAAGCUAUGAUGGAAAAAAUGCAGCGUGAGACUCUUAAUGCACAACAACAACAACAACAACAACAGCAGAUUCAAUUACAACAGCAACAAUUACAACAGCAACAAUUGCAACAACAGCAACAAUUGCAACAACAACAACAAGCAGCAAGACGUAUGAACAUGAAUGUCAAUGGUCACGAUCGUUAUCAUGAUUCAAAUCCAAGUCGAGUUUUAAAUAAUCCUAUGUUAUAUGCUCAACGCCAGCAACAGCAACGAGAGGCAUCCAUGCGUUCAAUGGCAAUAGGUGAAAUGUUGGAACGCGCUCGUUUAACUGCUGGAAAUGCAACAAAUACCAAUCCUGCGCGAUCUCAAUCACCAGGUCUUACCAGUAACACGGGAAUGUCAUCUCAAUUCAUGGACGCAAUUCAAAGAUCUGAUCAAAUACCUAUUGCUGAAAACAAUCGACCUGCCGAAUCUCCAGCAUCAUCACUUGAUAACAUUGUUAGUCCAUCUUCAUCAUCACGUCAUUCGCGACAAAAUCGCCCAGCCAAGCAUUAUCCUCGGCCACCCCUUCUCAAUACAUGGCAGGGACGUGGUCCUGGCCAUGAUGAAUUCUCUGGUUUAAUGACUGACCGUGAAAAACAAUGGGUUGUAAAAAUUCAACUUCAUCAAGUAUCGCAAACACAAGAAGAAGACUAUUAUUUUCAUAAAUGGUCACAACAAAAACGUCAUAUGCAACAAGUACAUGGUAAUCAAUCGAAUCGUCAUGAACAUCGAGGACAAUUUAUUAGUUAUCCUGUAUUGCAAUUAUUAAAAUCAAUUCAACAAGAGAAAGAGCUUUCACAACGAUUAUCGCAAUCAUCGAUUCAGGCAUCAUUUAGUAAUGUAAAUCCAACACAAGCAUUACCAUAUGCACCAUCUAUGCCAACACAACUCGGUAAACAAUCAACAGCAACUCCUCGACAUCCAAAAUGCAUUCUUGAUCUCGAUGGUCAAUUUACAUUGGGUGUACGAAAAAAUGCUAUAACACAUGAUAAAUAUACAUUGGGUUUAUUAUUGAAUAUUGAAAAUAUUCAUCGUGAUAUAUUACGUCUUGACGAUGACGAUGAUGAUACACCAGCAACAUCAAGUAAAUCGCCAUCUGAAGUCAAUCCAACUGAUGGUACAUCGACAGCAAAAACAGCUACGCCACCAUCAAAAGUUCUCAAUACAAUAAUAGAUCGUUAUUUAAAUCAUCCUAAUUAUUUAUUCGCCGAUAUGUUUGCUCAAUUUAGUAAAGGACAAAUAUUACUCGAACGUUUAUACCCAUAUUUAAUAACAACCACAUCAAUAACGAAUCAUCUUGAAUUAAUGCUUAUACGUUUAUAUGGUUCAUUGAAUUAUAUGAUACGCUGUUGGCCAACAACAUUUCAUAUUGAGUCAAUUGUUAUGAAUAUGAUAAGUCUAAUGCAACAACAAGUUAACAUAAAGAAAACUACCUUUGAGCAAUUAUUAUCACAAGUCUACAUUUAUUAUGAUCAAAAAAUUAAGCCAAAACUUUUAGAAUUAAAUUCAACUGUUUCGUCAAGUCCAUUUUCUGAUCCAGUUUUAUUUACAAAUUCUCAUACAGUGACAAUUUUAAUUGAACUUUUAUUGACAUUAGAACGUCGAUGCUAUCUAUUACCCGGUAUGAAUUCAUCGACAUUACCUGUUCAAUUAAUGCAACAAUUGCAACCGCAAUUACAGUAUCAAUUAUCUGAACAUGUUCGUUUACUUGUUACUGAUCUAUGUCAAGCACUUGUUUCAUGUUCAUCGCCAACAUAUACACCGAAGAAAAUGCUUAAACCGUUUGCGCAAGUUCAACAACAACAAUUUACUUUACUGUGCAAAUUUCUUCGAAUACAAAUACCACCGCAAAUAUAUCCUGCACUUGAAUCAAAACUUGUUUUUUGUUGUAUUAAGGAUACUUAA